UCCCACUAUAAUCCCAUGCGCAACAGUUAAUAAUUGUGGAGAGAAUUGCUGAUCAGUCUUCACAUGUUCGUUCCAAAGCGCAUCUCCUCCUGUAACGGGUGGAUUUAUGAGGGUGGGGUCUCACACUUAUCAGUCGUUGACGUCGUCCUCGCAAUUGGUUUUUUAACAGAGAGGGAGUCUGUGAAAGAGAAAAGUGCUUUGAGACUAAGUUAAAGGAGGAGAAACGGAAGUGGCGAGGAGGUUAGAAAUGUUUUAUGCUGCUGUCUUCAGACCCUCAUUAGUUCUGGACGCAACUAGUGACCUUUCACAUUCUCAGCAGGAUUUGGCGUGGAGCAUCAGGUGAGCGCGUUCCAAACAACCCUUCCCUUUCCGUUUUUUAAUCUUCCACCUGCACUUGAAAGUAGUCACACGAAUAUGCCGGGAGGAUCCGCACUCGGACGCGCUUUGGUGCGCGCGUACUGAACCUUGGACAGUGUGGAAUAGCAUGAACCGCCAUGGCUUGGUGUGACCGUGGGGUUCAAACGCUGCUGGCCACAGCUGGGGCUUUCGCUGCCUUCAGCCUGAUGACCAUCGCCAUCGGAACGGACUAUUGGCUGUAUUCGCGUGCGUACAUCUGUAAUGGCACCAACUCCAGCACAGAUGAGACCCAGACUCAGCUCAAAACUAAGAAGGGCGAUCUCACCCACUCCGGACUGUGGAGAAUCUGUUGCAUUGAAGGCAUCAAUCAAGGCAGCUGUUACAGGAUCAACCAUUUCCCAGAUGACAACGACUACGACACAGACAGCUCUGAAUAUCUGCUCCGUAUAGUUCGGGCCUCCAGCGUGUUCCCCAUCCUCAGCACCAUCCUGUUGAUGCUCGGCGGUCUUUGCGUUGGAGUGGGACGCAUCUACAGCAAGACGAACAACGUUCUCCUCAGCGCAGGCAUUCUUUUUGUAGCUGCAGGUCUGAGCAACAUCAUUGGCAUCAUUGUCUACAUAUCCAGCAACGCAGGAGAUCCCAACGACAAACGCGAUGACGACAAGAAGUACACGUACUCCUACGGCUGGUCCUUCUACUUUGGUGCGCUCUCCUUUAUUGUAGCCGAAACUGUGGCGGUCCUGGCCGUCAACAUCUACAUUGAGAAGAACAAGGAGGUUCGCUGGAAGGCGAGACGGGAGUUUAUCCGUUCACUCUCCUCCUCUUCUCCGUACUCGAGGAUACCAAGCUUCCGUUACCGUCGGCGGACGUCGCAGGCCAGCUCUCAUUCCACCGAGGCCUCCAGGGAGAACUCCCCGGUGGCUGGUUUGAAGGGGGCGCAGUCUUCUAGUGGCCCACUUGACGAGCUCUCCAUGUAUGCUUUGGCGAGGGACAGCGUGACGGAAAACACGUACAGCCCCGAGCACGAGGGCGCUGCAGAGUUCCUACAGGUGCAUAACUGUUUCCCCAAUGACUUAAAGGACGGGGUGAACCGCAGGACCACGCCUGUGUGAGAGGCUUGUUUUUCAGUUGCACGAUAACUAACAAAGGAUUGGUCAACCGCCUGACUUGAACUACUGUAGUUAUUUUCACGGGCCGCCAUGUUUGGGUAAAAUCUGUGAAUUUUAAGCCGAUCAGAAUCAGAGUUUUCAUUGUUUGUAAUGUAGCCAGUUCGUAAUUUCAAAUGUAAAAAAGCCAGCUCUUAUCAGUACGAUGAUCCCUACAUUCUGUGAGUAUUGAGAGUGAAAUGUGUGAAUCUAACAAGGUGCUAAAUGACUUCUACUUCAUUUAAAAGUGUUGUAUCUGUGUGUGACACUAGAGUAAAGCCAUUUCUACAAAACCUUGAGUGUGAAAGGAAGCACACUCUCUGUCCCAAGACAUGUCAAAGCUAGGAGACAUGACAAAAACAUAUCCCAAAAUCAAUUAAUCACAACAUCAUAUCAGCAAAACUGUCAUUAUUUAUUGAACUAAAUUAAAUAAAAAAAAAAUGCUGUAAAAUGGCGAGCAAUAUUGGAGUUAAACCGUUCAGUUUUGGGCCAGAUCCCAACUCAGAUGAGGAAAACUAAGAUUUUCAGUGUGCCAAGAUACCACAUUUAUUUCUUGUCCCAUAUUUAUGCUUGUGUUUAUUCAUAUAUGGCUUUAAAAUUUAAGGAUUUGACAAAUCUUGAUGUUAGUUUUCAAGGUUGCAUCCGAUUUUCUUGAAGUAAUUUUGAAGUCAACUUUAAGACAACGUCACCUGAAUGAAUGAGAACCUUCAUCAACUUUCCAUCAGAUUGUACAUCUUGAUUGUUCAGAGAACAAAUAUUUUUAAUUCAUGUCUUUUCCCGAAUUCUCAAAAAUUAUCGUCAAAAUUCAAAGAAAAUAAUUAUUUUUUUGUCAAUAGAGCGAAUCUUUAUCUUCUUCCGUUACGGUCUCCCAUCCCUCCAUCCGACUUCACGAUGAUGUGUCGUUGUGUUUGAGAAGGAGAAUCUCUUAGAAAACAAGAAGAAAUAGAGGGGGUGCCCAGAGCCAUGAAAACCACCCAGGUCAGGACUCCCUUCUGCUCUGGAGCAAUCCUUGGCAUCAAAGGUUUAACUGUUAAACAUCACAGCCGGGCGGGAAAUUCCUGUCUGCUUGUCUCCCAGACUGUGAGUCCAUCUGGAGGCUUUCCCUUCCCUUUUGUUUAUCCAGCAGAGGGAUCAGACAGAAGCAGAAGGAACAGUUUGGAUUCGGAUCUCUUAAGACUCCAACUACAAGACGCGAGUCCCGCCGGUCCAUCACUGCAUUGCUUCGUCAUUUCUCUCAGGAAGUACAGUGCAGUUGUGGCAAACAACAUCUCGUCGAGGUCCCUUCUACUGUAUGUCUGGAGUGAAAUCAAUCGGAAAGGGAAAAAAAUAUCACUUUUAUAUUAAACGCUGUGAAUGUUUAACUCUUUUUUGAAGCUUUGGGAUUUUUGUGGAGCGCGCUCAGAUGAGAUUGUUUCUCUGGAUGUACAAAAAAAGAAGCCAUUUGUGUGAGUCUUUCACUUUAUAUAUUUAAAAUCAGCCUUCAACGUAAGACUGUAAAUAAAUGUACUAUGAAUACAAAUAAUGUGAGAAAAAAAGAUUUAAAAACAUCAAAGUAACAAUAAACUUAUUAAUAAUAAUGCCUUCAUAGAUUUUGCAGUGUGAUAUCAUUUCCUUUUUAUAUUCAGGUGAAACUGGUUUUCUUGUUUAAGUCAGUAGAUUUGUUGAGUAUUCUGCUUUAUAGGUGAACGUUUGUUUAGGAGAAAAUAUUCUAUUUUCUAUUCCUCAUAUGGGCGGUAACUGUACUUUACUGUUUGUGCUUCUACUGUUCAAUGGCUUACUAUAUAUUAAAGCACCUUCUCUAUUUUCAUGAAGAAACCUGCUGAACCUUUGAGUGCGGAUGUUAAAAAAGAGAGUGUAACAAAGGGACAUCUAUAAUGUAUCCGUGUGUUAUAAAACCAAACUUAUUACUAUUGUAAAGGUAUUUUCAGUGCCUUUGCUCUUUUUACUAUCUACUGUAUCUGCCGCUUUUAUUGUUAAGCUUUGAAAAUAUUUUUUAUUUUCCUCAAAUAUACUGUACAUGGACAAAUAAACUCAAUCAGGGGGCAUGCCGUUGUGUUGUGGUUGUAAUUUAUUUGAAUACUUGAAUGUUAUCUUUAAGAUGAGAUACUUAAAGUUUAUGUUGGAUCAUCUUUUGAUUUAUUGCAAAAGCGCUCCCAGUGUUUUUUUUGAUUAUGGUGAUGCCGUUUUUAGCCAUAAUAAUAAUAAAAAACUUAU